AAAUGUCGCAAAUACUAAUUAUUAGGAUGAUAUACUUUUACAAUCGAGGCGUGUCCUUGUGAACAUCAGUUAAAGAAUGGUUGGGAACAGAUUAACAUAUAUUCAAUGAUAUUUUUAGGUUACAAGAGAACAAUAUGAUUCUAUGGAACCCAGGAGUUUUGAUUUCAAGCUUUUUAUUCAUUAUUCGCCCUUCAACAGUUCUUCCACAGAAAGAUCUGUAUCGAGGAUCUCCCUGGACUCCUAGAACUGCUCAUGACCCUAUACAGUUCCUGGAGGAAGACAGUGUUUCUCUUGAAGAACCCGGAGCUUCAAGGAGUUUUAAAUUCCAGAGAAAACCAAAAAAAAUCAAUUUUGAUUCUCCCUUGAACGAAAGUAAAGUUCAAUCUGAAGUUAACAAGAUUGAAGUGUUGGGCCGAGGAGGAAACCCGGUCACUAUUUCUUUUGGAAAUGCAUCUCUACUAGAACCUGAAAGCAGAAGUUUUGAAACAGAAGUUAAAAGUAUUUUAAUCGAAGAAACAAACCCCUCAGAUCAGUCUCAGUUUCAGAUCAUAUACGCUGCCAAUACUGAUGAUGUGGAAAGAAAGGCAAAAAGACCUUCAAACCUACCAAAAAGUUUUAUUCCACCGCGACCAAUCGGUCCUAUGUUAAGACCUGAGAGUUACAAGAAUACCGAAAUCAAGAAACAGAGAAGGAAAACGUCCAGACGACGUGUUGAUGAAGAUUUACCUUCAAUAGUUGUGCCUCAGCUGUCAAACAGACUAGAACCCCCAGGUCCCCCGGACUACUCGGGGGUUCAAAACCAAAUAAUUCCAGAGUUAGCACGUGGUAGACAGGACCGAAAGGAAGACCCUACACUGGUUAAUAUCGGGGACUGGGCAGCACAGUGGGACCAAGAUGAAGAGGCGUGGUACUACUACAAUUAUCUAACAGAAGAGUCAACAUGGAUUAAACCCGAAGUUUUAAAAGACGUGGAUUUUGAACCUCCUUUAAAUGCAAAGGCUGAGAAUAUCAACACAAAGACGAAGGAAGUGGAAAGAAAAGAUGUUGGAAUUCUAGAUGAACUGAAAAAGACAUUUUCUUCUUUUGGCGGGAUAAGUUUAGAGAAGAUUCUGCUGUUUUUCGUUGUUAAAGGUAUAGCCUGGGUAAUCUGGGCAGCAUUUGCAUCUGUAUUCUAUUUUGCAACAGUUACGGGUAGACAUCUAAAUCAGGUUGGAAAUUUAGGAGAAACUUUCCAGUCCAGGAAAAUGAAACUACUCUGCUCUCUUUUGAUAAUCCACCAGUUCGCCAUCAGUUUAGCACAGGUGGACUUGUACAGUGGAAUACCUUGGGUCCCACAAGUAAACCCUGAAGGACUCCCAAUUUCCAGAGAAGAUACAGUUUCCCUCGCUCAUGAUAUAGUUCAAGAAAACCUCAAAACUUAUAGAAACGAUGACAACAAUGUAGCGACGAAGAAAACUGAAUUUAAUUUACAGAAUAAAAAUAAAUCCUCAAGCGUUGGAUUCAGAGAAAGCAAGAAAAUAUCCCCAGUUUAUAAAGGAAAUAAUAUCCAAGUUACUCCUAAACAAAAUACGAUAGAUCCAACCAUUCUUAACAGUGAGUUUGUUCCACCCCGGCCUAUCGGCCCGGUACCGAAACCUUUCUCAGAAAAAUCAAAAUCACUAGUGUUGUCAUCUUCUUCAUCUUCUCCAGCUCCAGCUUCAUCUCCAGCUCCAUCUGCAAUAUACUCAUUCCCAUCAUCUUCUUCAAUAUAUUCCGAGUACAAGGAACAACAGGAUUCACUGUACUGGGAUCAAUAUGGAGAAAGCUCAGAUACUGUUAAUGAGAUCGCUGGAAAUGAAGUUGGAAGCGACCAGGUGGAAGUUGGGGAUUGGAUUGCACAGUGGGACAAACAACUUCAAGCUUGGUAAUAAUAAAGAAUGUCACACUUUUAUUGUGUCAGUGUGCCCCAUGCACUAUUUCAUUAUGCAUAGAGUUAUCAUAUUAUGUAUUAC